AUGAGCAAAAAAGUCAUAGAUAAAUCAAAGAAGCUGAAGGGAUCUAAAAGGAAAUUUGCGGUGAAGCGUGAAGGAUUAGUUCAUGAAGAAACUAAAUGUCGCCUACUUAUAAAAGGUUUGAAAUGUAAAGAAAAUGUUCAAAAUUUACUUCGUGAUAUCUAUAAACUGUUUCCACGUACGUAUACAAAAAUGGUGAGGGGGGUAUCUAGAGGAGAUGUAAUUAAUUCUCCUUGGGAUGAUAUGGUGAAAAUGGAACAAUUGGCACAUAAACAUGGAGCAGGUAUUAGUAUAUACGCAAAUAGUUCUAAGAAGAGACCAUUUCGCUUGGUGUUUACAAGAUAUUAUGAUGACCAUGUACUAGAUAUGUAUGAAUUCAAUGUCCUAAGCUAUAUCCCAUUAUCUAUAAAUGCAAAACUAGGAUUACCUAAAUAUGGGAGCAAACCACUAGUUAUAUGCCAAGGCGCAAUAUUUGAACUUAAUGAUGUAUAUAAGAAUUUGAGAAAUAUGCUAUUAGAUAUAUUUUCGGGAUAUUCAUGUAGAGGCUCGAAGAUAUACUUGAAAGGAAUUGAUCAUCUAAUAGUUGCAAGUGCAAUAGAAGAUGAAAAUAAAAUAAAACAAUCAGAUGGUGAUCAAGAGCCACAUAUUAUUAUAGAUAUAAGAAAUUACGCUAUUUUAAUGAAUUCUAAAGAAGAUAUAGUGGAAGAAAUUAGAUCAGAUGCAAAUUUAAUGCAAAGUGGUGUUCCACACAUUUCACUAAUUCCUCUAGAUUUUAAUUUAAAAUUGAAAAUUACAAAAUACAAAUUAGCUGAGAAAUUAACUUUAAAGGCUGCUUUAGCUGUGCCAAAGGAAGUUAAACCUAAGGCCACUAAGAACAUUUCCACUAAUAUACUAGGUGAGACUGUAGGAAGAAUCCAUGUUGGAAAACAAGAUCUAUCUAAUUUAAAUACUCCACAUGCAAGUACUUCGUCAGGUAUUGGAGAUAAAAAGUGA